AUGUACCAAUACGUAUUUCGAUUAUUCCCAAUUUUGUUGCCAGUUAUGCAUUUUUGUAGCGCCAAUAAAGAGGGUAUCAGCAUCAUAGAAUCCUACAUCAGCGAUACGCCCCACCAGAGCCUCCACAAUUUACUCACCACACUUUUGUCCUCAUCCCGCAUUGAGCGCUGUUUUGUUGUGAUCACCGAUGACACCUAUCAACCGCUGUACGAUGAGCAAUUCUUUCACAGCAAACGUCCGCCACGCGCCUAUUACUUCCUUAAAGUGCCACCGUGGGAGGACUUACUGGCACCAAAUUAUCAAACAGUGCGGGUUUUGAAGAAAAUACGCGCACACAAUUGUGAAUUUAUAUUCAUCACGCUGCUGAAUGGGCUACAGGUGCAACGUUUUCUUCGCUUCGUCGAGAAUCAUCGAAUACUGAACUUGCAACAGCGUUAUGUCUUGUUGCAGGACACACGACUCUUAACAGCCGAUAUGUGGUAUAUAUGGAGCAUUAUGAUAUCGACCAUUUUUGUGAAGCCCAUAGAAGGGCAAAGAUUUCUUUUGAGCACCAUUGCAUAUCCGGAAAUAUUGAACGGAUUGGUGGUGACGAAACGCCUAAUGCUGUGGGAAGUGGGUAAACGCAUAAAAAUCAAUCAACUUUAUGAAGAUAGAACCUCAAAUUUGAAAGGCUAUUCCUUGCCCAUCGUUGUCUUCGAGCAUGUACCCAUGGUCAAACGUGGUACAGAUAAUUCCAGCUUUGUGGGACUUGAGGUGGAAAUUAUAAGGGCGCUGGGCAUUAAACUCAACUUUAAGCCUAAAUUCUAUGAGACUAACGAUGCUGCUAUGGCGCAUUGGGGCAAAAAGUUACCAAAUGGCAGUUAUUCGGGUAUACUAGGCGAUAUGGCGCAUCGCAGUGCACGUCUCGCCAUUGGUAAUUUGCAUAUGUAUAAACUCUAUGCCUCCGUUAUGGAUCUCUCUUGGCCUCAUAGCUUCGAAUGUUUAACAUUUCUGACACCUGAGUCCUCGCAGGAUGAUAGCUGGCGCACCCUAAUACAGCCGUUCAGUGGCGGCAUGUGGGCUGGUGUACUUCUAUCCCUAUUCAUUGUGGGCACAGUUUUCUAUAUAAUAUCCAGUCUACACGCCAUACUACUACAGCGUCGCAUUCGUUCAUCUCAUCGCAUUUUAAAUUGGACAGAAUGGCGCAGUAAAGGGCUCUCACGGCCUUGUCACAGUUUCGAUGCUAAACUUUUUCGGGACGUACAUUUUCGUCGUUAUCUGAGCCGUUUGAAAUCACUACCACAACGUAAUGUGGAUCUCUUCGAUGAAUACUCAAAUUGUUUGCUCUACACCUACAGCAUGUUAAUGUAUGUUUCAUUGCCACGCCUACCGCGUAUUUGGAGUAUACGCGUGCUCACUGGCUGGUAUUGGCUCUAUUGCAUUUUGCUAACGGUCAUCUAUCGAGCGAGUUUAACUGCGAUUCUGGCGAAUCCAACAGCGCGUAUUACUAUUGACACCCUGGAAGAGCUGUCCAAGAGCUAUGUAACCAGCACUGCUUGGGUUGAGGAGAAUAAGCAAUUCUUUGUGGAGUCAUUCGAUGAGGUGGCUCAAGAAAUUGGAGAAAAAAUGGAAAUAGUGGAUGAUAUUGAAAGUGUGACUGACCGCAUUACUAAAGGUGAAUAUGCUUAUUUCGAUAAUGAAUAUUUUUUGCGGUACUUACGCAUGAAAGGCGCACAGCGCCGCGAGCAGCAACAAAUAGCCGAAGUUGUAUUGCAUAUAAUGCGUGAGUGUGUCAUACAAAUGCCAGUGUCUUUGGGUUUGGAGAAGAAUUCGCCACUACAGCCGAAUGUGAAUAAAUAUUUGAGACGGCUCAGUGAAGGAGGUCUCACCGCCAAAUGGCUAAAGGAUGCCAUUGCCGAGCUCCCCGCAGAGGAACGUACACCAGAAGAGGCAGUAAUGGAUUUGCCAAAGAUAUGGAGCUCAUUUAUAGCGCUUGGCAUUGGUUAUUUUCUGGGCAUCUGUGCCAUAGCCGGCGAGUGGCUACACUUCGAAUAUGUAGUGCGAAAGCAUCCACUCUACGAUGUUUACAAUAAGAAUUUGUAUUAUAAUUUUAAACGAAAAUUUUCUAGUUACUAAUUUACAAAUUAUUAAAAAUGUAUAUAAAUACAAAGAAAUACACCGGAAAAUUAAUGCUUGUAAAACAGAAAAAAAAAUGAAAAUCAAAGCAUUUGUGGUUUUACACUAUUCAAGUAAAUAGUUUAAUGUUUCAUCUUUAUAAGUACAUUCAUCAUACAUAAAGAGCUAUUGUAUAAUUGUUUUUCAUUAGACUCGAUUACACUACAUACACAUUUACAACGUGUUAGAAAAAGCACGUUUUGUUGACUUUUUGUUCUUAAUAAAUAAAUAUAAAAAUGCAUAUGGAGCAUAGGACAAUACAUAUGUAUAUCAUGAUAAUGCAUAAAUAUAAAAAUAUACGUAGAUAUACAUAAAAUAUAAACAGAUUAAUACUUAAUAAUGUGCGGAAUGCUUUCAGUGCUUUACGGUUUUACUAAAAAUACGUAUGUAUACAUAUGUAUCAGGGAUGUAACGAAUAUUUGCAUAUGCAUUCGUUAUGCGAAUGAUUCGCAUCAUUGUACACAUUCGCAUUCGCAUCAACUGAUACGAAUGUUUUGCGAAUGCGAAUGUGUAUGUACAUGAGCAGAGAGCCUACUGUAAUAUUUUUAAAUUGGCUCUAAGUCUGUCUAACCAGGGUGCGGACAACAACCGGUUUUUAGCAUCAGUUGCUAAACGCUUAAUUAGUAUAUAAGCAACAUUGAUGGGCCUGCUGCUAAAAAUCUUAUAAGCAACCUAGAAAUAAUUUUAGAUUCCUGCAGCGAAAGUGAAGGCUCGGAUGUAGAAUCUGGAGGCAAAAAAAAAAUGUAAAAUUAUGCUCAAUUGAAGGCCUAUCAUAAAGAAAAACGAGCCCAUCUCAGUGAAAAUCCUCUAGAUUGGUGGAAAACUAACCACAAAUACGAUAAAUUGACAGAUCUGGCCCGCAAAUACUAUUUGAGCACUCCACCCGCUAGCGUUCCAAGUGAGCAAUUGUUCAGUGCAGCCGGCCUUAUAUAUGAGCCUCUAAGAAAUCGCCUCAUG